GCGCGCCCCGCGCCCGCGCCUGCUGACAGCUGCAGCUGGGCUCGCGCUGUCCGCUCCGGGCUCCGCGGCCUCAGCCCCUCUGCACUCCGCCUCCACCCGUUCGGACUCCCUCCCCUCCACCCUUGCCCCUGGUGUGGAUCGUUUCGCAACUGCUCGCCUGUCGCCCCGUGCCCGACUGUUUUUCCCUUUCCCUGCUCCUUCUUGAGUACUUUGCCCCCUACAUUUGGGGAGAGGGGCUAGAAAGGGGACAGGCGAAGCGUCCAGGAAAGAAGGAAGCGAGGCCCACAGGCGGAGGAGGAUCGACGGACUGUGGGGAGCAGACCCCACACCACCCUUUCUGGUCAUCUCCCCUCCCGCCCCGCCCCUGCGCACACUCCCUCGCGGGUGAGCUACUUUGGGACGAGGAAAGUGAGGGCGGCUCUGGGUGACAGCGCCGCGGGGCCAGUCCCAGGGAAGACGCGCGUCUGCUCGCCUCUCGCCAGUCGCGCUCCCAGCCAGGGCACAGCCCGGACCGAGGAUGGCAUCGACCACCACCUGCACCAGGUUCACCGACGAGUAUCAGCUUUUCGAGGAGCUCGGAAAGGGGGCAUUCUCAGUGGUCAGAAGAUGUAUGAAAAUCCCUACCGGACAAGAGUAUGCUGCCAAAAUUAUCAACACCAAAAAGCUUUCUGCUAGGGAUCAUCAGAAACUGGAAAGGGAAGCUAGAAUCUGCCGUCUUUUGAAGCACCCCAAUAUUGUGAGACUUCAUGACAGCAUAUCGGAAGAGGGCUUCCAUUACUUGGUGUUUGAUUUAGUUACUGGAGGUGAACUGUUUGAAGACAUCGUGGCAAGAGAAUAUUACAGUGAAGCUGAUGCCAGUCAUUGUAUACAGCAGAUUCUAGAAAGUGUAAAUCAUUGUCACCUAAAUGGCAUAGUUCACAGGGACCUGAAGGUCAGUAUAUGAAGUCCAUAAAUCUGAAUCAAAGGAGAUUCUUUGUUGUUGUUGUUGUUUUCUUGGGAAAGGGCAGGGUGGGUGGUUAUUUAAUAUGGUUCCUUUGCCUUUCCCACUUUCUCCUGAAAUGAGUAAAUGAUGAAAUGAUAAUGCAUGAUGGCUCUUUCAGUUUGCUUAUCUACAGGCUAAAUAUACAUCAUAGCAAAAAGGGAAGGACACUAUGAAGAAUACAACCUGUUAUGUUUCCAAGCAAUAAACCACCAGAGGCAGUUUGGGGGCAGACUUUCCUCAAUUGUCCCGCAUUAACCUGGAGAUAAACUCUGCCUGUGAUGUAUGUCCGCCUGUAGAUUUAAACACCACUUCUGUUCUGAGACCAUGGGUUGCUGUAGCAGAACAACUGGUUACACAUUGCUCCAUUUGAGUCUGACGAACCCUUAGGCAAAAGAUAAUAAUUGCCAGCUAAAUUAAAGCACAAAAAGUUAAUGAUUUAUCAAAAAUUCAUUAUGUAUCCUAAUUUAACCUUAAUGGUGUCUUGCCUGCUAAUGUAACAGCUUUUAAAAUGAUACCAGAAAAAAUGGGAGAGAAUAGGGAAACAGUUUUUGUGCAUGGGGUGAAGACAGAGCACAAUAACUACAGAGAUUAUAUUUGUGUUCCAGUUCAUUUCCUGGAAGAAUUUAUAGCCAGGAAAUGAGCUCCUGAACCAAAUGAAAUAUUGUCAAAAUGGAUUUUUCUGGAACAGGUUGAUCCACACUUGGGCUUAUAUCUGGCAAGAUUCCGAUUGUUCUGAGGUAGUAGUCACUCUACUUGAGCAAUAUGUUUACAUGACUGAAGGAGGUAAAAUACAACUCCAGUUGUCUGCUAGCUCUGCACUUUAACCCAGUCUCUCUGAGGGUAUACAGACAGUGAGUGUAAGCUUGGAACUAACACACGCCCCCUGGUGUUUGCAUGCAGUCAUUGCAUUCAGCAGAUCCUGGAGGCUGUGCUACACUGCCAUCAGAUGGGCGUAGUCCAUCGGGACCUGAAGCCUGAGAAUUUGCUUUUAGCUAGCAAAUCCAAGGGAGCAGCUGUGAAACUGGCAGACUUUGGCUUAGCCAUUGAAGUUCAAGGAGACCAGCAGGCAUGGUUUGGUUUUGCUGGCACACCUGGAUAUCUUUCUCCAGAAGUUUUACGUAAAGAUCCUUAUGGAAAACCAGUGGAUAUGUGGGCAUGUGGUGUCAUUCUCUAUAUCCUACUGGUGGGGUAUCCACCUUUCUGGGAUGAAGACCAACACAGACUCUACCAGCAGAUCAAGGCUGGAGCUUAUGAUUUUCCAUCACCAGAAUGGGACACAGUGACUCCUGAAGCCAAAGACCUCAUCAAUAAAAUGCUUACCAUCAACCCUGCCAAACGCAUCACAGCCUCAGAAGCACUGAAACAUCCAUGGAUCUGUCAACGUUCCACUGUGGCUUCCAUGAUGCACAGACAGGAGACUGUGGACUGCUUGAAGAAAUUCAAUGCUAGACGAAAACUAAAGGGUGCCAUUUUGACAACUAUGUUGGCUACGAGAAAUUUUUCAGCAGCCAAGAGUUUGUUGAAGAAACCAGAUGGAGUAAAGGAGUCAACUGAGAGUUCAAAUACAACAAUUGAGGAUGAAGAUGUGAAAGCACGAAAGCAAGAGAUUAUCAAGGUCACUGAACAACUGAUUGAAGCCAUCAAUAAUGGGGACUUCGAAGCUUACACAAAAAUCUGUGACCCGGGUCUUACUGCCUUUGAACCUGAAGCUUUGGGUAACUUAGUGGAAGGGAUGGAUUUUCACCGAUUCUACUUUGAAAAUGCUUUGUCCAAAAGCAAUAAACCAAUCCACACUAUUAUCCUAAAUCCUCAUGUCCAUCUGGUCGGGGACGAUGCUGCCUGCAUAGCAUACAUUAGGCUCACACAGUAUAUGGAUGGCAGUGGAAUGCCAAAGACAAUGCAGUCAGAAGAGACCCGCGUGUGGCACCGCAGGGAUGGAAAGUGGCAGAAUGUUCAUUUUCAUCGCUCGGGGUCACCAACAGUACCCAUCAAGCCACCAUGUAUUCCAAAUGGGAAAGAAAACUUCUCAGGAGGCACCUCUUUGUGGCAAAACAUCUAAGGCCUGAAAACCAUUCACAUAUGGGUCUUCUAAUUAUCAACGUGCCACUUCUGCAUUCUUUGUUCUCAAAGCACCGGAUGGUAACCCUGGGCCGUCCUCUCCUCCUCUUCAUGCAUGUUUCUGAGUGCAUGAAGUUGUGAAGGUCCUACAUGUCAUGCAUACGUGAUGCAUCAUCUAUCAUAUAUUCCUUCCUGUACAUUGUUUACACUUCAACGAUGGGGAUGUUCCAUGCAAACUGAAAUUACUGUUGACAACCAAUAGGGGGAGGUCAGACAAAAAAAAAAAAUCCCAGGAUAUUCCAAGUACAACUAUUCAUCUAGUUUCUCUGUUUAUGCCAAGAUUUAAUGUAACAGACUUAAAAAAUUAUUGUUCUCUGAAUGACAGUUUGUAAGAGAAAUGUAAAUUUUUUAGAACUCUG